AUGUCCACACGCCUCCAUUCCCUGGCGCUGCCGGGCUGUCCUACUUACCGGGGACGCCAGGAUGCCCGGGAAACGUCGCUGUCGCCCCGCGGCUGUCAAGGGGGGCGCGACCACUCAGAGCCAGGGAAACCACAGCGCCGUUCACGACUACAACCUUCCCGCCCGCGCUGCGCUUCCGCCUCCUGGCUGACUGCUGCUGCCUACCAGGAUCUCAUCUUGCCCAACGGUGGUACUCCAGCUGGCACUUCAAGUCCAGCAUCUUCAUCUUCGCUUCUAAACAGACUUCAACUUGACGAUGACAUCGAUGGUGAGACCCGGGAUCUCUUUGUCACCGUUGAUGAUCCCAAGAAGCACGUGUGCACGAUGGAGACGUACAUCACCUAUAGAGUCACCACCAAAAGUACUCGAGUGGAGUUUGACUUGCCAGAAUAUUCUGUUCGUCGAAGAUACCAGGAUUUUGACUGGUUGAGGAACAAACUGGAAGAAUCCCAGCCCACGCAUCUGAUUCCCCCACUUCCUGAGAAGUUUGUGGUGAAAGGUGUUGUAGAUCGUUUUUCAGAGGAGUUUGUGGAAACCAGAAGAAAAGCUUUGGAUAAAUUCUUAAAACGAAUUACAGAUCAUCCUGUGCUGUCUUUCAAUGAACACUUUAAUGUUUUCCUCACUGCCAAGGACCUGAAUGUCUAUAAGAAGCAGGGCAUGGCAUUGCUGACACGGGUGGGUGAGUCAGUGAAACACGUCGCAGGAGGCUACAAGCUGAGGAGUCGGCCUCUGGAGUUCGCAGCUAUAGGCGAAUACUUAGACACCUUCGCACUCAAACUGGGAACCAUUGAUCGAAUAGCCCAGCGGAUCAUCAAAGAAGAAAUAGAGUACCUGGUAGAGCUCAGAGAAUAUGGGCCUGUGUACUCCACGUGGAGUGCCUUAGAAGGUGAGCUGACCCAGCCCCUGGAGGGAGUGUCAGCUUGCAUUGGGAACUGCUCUACAGCCUUGGAAGAGCUGACAGAUGACAUGACAGAAGACUUUCUGCCUGUGCUCAGGGAAUAUAUUUUAUACUCCGACUCCAUGAAGAGCGUGUUAAAGAAGAGGGACCAAGUUCAAGCUGAGUAUGAAGCCAAACUGGAAGCUGUGGCUCUGAGAAAGGAAGACCGCCCCAAGGUGCCAGCAGAGGUGGAGAAAUGUCAGGAUCGGAUGGAGUGCUUCAAUGCUGACCUGAAAGCCGACAUGGAGAGAUGGCAGAACAACAAGCGGCAGGACUUCCGGCAGCUGCUCAUGGGUUUGGCUGACAAGAACAUCCAAUAUUAUGAGAAGUGCCUCAUGGCGUGGGAGUCAGUUAUUCCACUGCUACAGGAGAAGCAGGAGGCCAAGUAGGCGCCUCCUUGGGACAGAGACUGCUACCUACACAGGGCAUGGCACCCGAAUGUCCCUGCAGUGCUUGAGAGGUGGCGUUGGGAAAAUGACACAGAAGCACCUCCAGUUUGUGUAUUUUCUCCCUCCCCCUGCACCUGCAGUUGUUUUCCAUUAGUAUUUAUUCCUUGGUGGAGCCUGCAAGGCCAUAAUCAUCUGUCAGCAGAAGCAUACCUCCGUCUUGUGAAGGAACCUCCUCGGUGAACACUAGGAAGACUUGAAACCGAGGGGCAGCAACAGCCCACAGCUGUGACAUCGCAUGCGCUUCCUCUUAGGGGACAGCAGAAUUACCUGUUGUGGGAGAGAACUCAGGUCCCACUUUUCAAGAACACGAGGAGGCAUGAAGUAAAGGGAGCUGUGGCUUGCUGUAGAGACCUGAUGGCUCUGACUUGACCCCUGUGGGCAUUGACUUGUCUCAGCCUAGACAGAGGCGGGAGCACCUCCAUGGGAAGUCCUUAAUUUACAGUGGCCUGUAGCCUGAGUAUGGCCUGCUUCCUCUUUGUGAUGACUGACAUGUAUUUUCUUGUUUCUGGUUCACAUGGGGCCACUUAAGCAGAUGUCUGUGUGCAUCCAUGCUUGAGCGAGCAAGCCAGCGUCCUUGUCCUUCGAUGAUGCCUCAAGAAGCUGAGGGGAAAGCUCCCCAAAUACAGUAGAUCAGAAAGAUUUUGUGGAAAAUGAAAAAAAAAAAAGGUGCAUUUUCCUCUGUGAAGGUCUUGAGUGUAUUUCUUCUGUUUGUUCGUUGUCAUCGAGCUUAGACCUAGUAGGAAUAGCUGUUAUUUUGCAGUCAGGGUCACUCCUCUGUUGUUGAGAGUAGUGGGCCUAAGCCAAGUCCACCCUCGAUGUCUGCUUUUGCAAUUUGCCUUUACCUCACCAAGAAUACCUAGUUUAAUAUUUCCUGCCACAUCUACCAAAUAUUUGGGCAGCCUUUUGGUGAGAGGGCUGAUAUCGUAUUGUUAUGACACAGUUGCAAUUUAAAGUGUGAAUGUUCUACAUAAAGUGCUUUAAUUAACCCUUAACAUUUCCUGGUCAGAAAGAAAAGUACCUACAGGGGCUGCAAAGAUGAUGUGUAGUCUUGCUUUGCUUGUAGUUGAAGUCUUAAUUUAUAGCCAAAUUCCUGGGGACUGCCAGCUGUGUUUAAAGUCUUCAUUUCAAACUGUUACCAGAUUUCCUUUUCCAAUUCACCACAAAACCAAAUCAUAAAGGAUCUACCUUUCUGCUCAUUGUCUUUCUCCUGAAAAGAAACUCCAUACAUCACAUGUGUUCAUUCACCCCUUUAGAACUCCAAAAGCCUCAAAUAACUGGUAGAGGUUUAUUUUUAUUUUGUUUAAAUGAAGCAGUUACUGCCUGUGUAAAGGCCAAUCAGUGUGCAGUAUGUUGAAGUCACUCAUCCCAUUGUCACAGCAGAGUUGACCGUGUGUCAGCCAGAGCUGGGAAGAGUUCUGUUCUUUUUCUGUCAUGUUUGACAUUCACAGUUGAAAUGGUCAUUUUUCUGAUAGUCGGUACUUGCCUGUACUGCUUUCAUCUGUGCCAUUCUAAAAUCCUAUGAUGUGAAUUUUCAGUUUGGUACAAAUAGAAAUGAGUCACUGGAGCAGAGGGUAAGAACAACUCGUGUGCCUACCCCAUCUCCAGUGUCUCACCAUUUCAUUCUACCUCUAAGCCAUUGUGUUGGUGUGGUAUGGGUGUGUGGGUCCAGCCUUGGCAGGCAUCAGGAUCUGAGCUGGUUGUUGACAGGCCUGGAUUGACAGAGGUCACAGGAAACCAGGCUUGAUCCAGCAGCAGCAUAUUUGGAAUAUCUUUGGAUGUUUUGCCUUAUGGAAUGCACACUUGCAAAAUGAUGCUUGGAAAGAACUGUGGGAAGAGUUAGGAGGAGACUAGAACAUAGCUGAAGGCCCGUCAUUCCUGAGUACCGGCUAGUUAAGGAAGAUGGCAGCCCUUCAAAGCAGCAGUGGGAUGUUCACUGCAAGGGAAGGGUCGUGGGGUCCAGUCAUUUCCUCUCAUCAUGGGAGACAUCACUGGCUCUGGAGAGACUGCCUAUCUUUGAAGGCACAUUGAGAUUUUGUCUUGCUCUGUUUGUUUGCUUCCUAUGAAAUUCCUGUGCUUCAAGACACAGGAAUAGCUGGAGCAAUAAAAACUUUCUGUCCUUCAGGCUUGUUGUCAGUGGCAGAGCCAGGAAACUACAUACAUUACAGACUUCCAUGGAGAAACAAUCCUUCCCAAGAAGAGACAUGUCCUCAUCUUCAGGCUGGCAGCUGAGGAGAUAAGGAGGCAGGCCCAGAAGGAAGGAGACUAUAGGCAAUGAAGGAGGAGCUCCCUAUCCCCCUUCCCAUGGCUCUCUGUGCUCCUGAGGCCCUCACAGAACCAAGCAAGGAUUUGCUUGUUCGUUCUGGUCAAACACGAAAGAGAUUUCUUAUGAGAAGCCUAACUUGAGAUUUAGGUGCCAAAGACCUCCUGGGUGAGGCUCUUCUUACUCCUUCCUUCCCGAGCCAUAGUCUCUGUCCUAGGUUAUGGACUUCUCAUAUUUCUUUUUCAUGAAACUUUAGGUUGAGGGCAGGUAGUCAAAGAUAGAUUGACUGUAGUAGUGAAUGAAGAUAAGUCUGUUUCCAUGUCAAAUCUCAACCCCAUGGAGUAUAUUCUAGAUGUUCAUUGGCCAGUCCCGGGAAGGGAUGAGCCAUACUUGCUGCUCACUGCUAUGUGGCUGCCUUUGGUGAGGGCUUGGCAGGAAGUCAUCCUGCUUUAGAGAUAGGCCUGAUGACCAUGUGGCAGAGGCAAAUGAGGUUUCUCUGUUAGGACAGUAGCCCGAGGAACAGUUUGGUGUGACUUGAUCCUGCCUGAUGGUAUAGAGAGUUCAGGCAGCUGUUUUGAUGAGGUUAUUGGACUACCUCAGAGUCAUUCUCUAAACUCCUUCCUAAGAUGGAGAGGGGAGGAAGAGCAAGGUCAGGAAGGUCAAAAAGCUGUGUUGGCCUCAUCUGUGUGGGUUUUGGGAUGGACUGGAAGUGGGCUUUGCCCUGGCUAGAUGGGGCUGCUGAUCCCCCCUCCCCACCCCAGUGGGCAGUUCCUCCCAGAAGGUCAUCAGACUUCAGGGCAGAGCACAUACUUUGAAACUCCACCUUCUCAAAUGCCUACUUCCAGGGCCUGUGGAAACCAAGCUAAUUAUGUGGCUGGGUAACACUGCUUUGGCCAUCCUCACUUACAAUAUUAUGUUGGGAAUUUGGGGUUGCCUUCUCACUUUCAAAAGGCCUCAAGAUGGCAAUAGAUUACACGUGCCCUCUCCUUGCUUGCGUUUUUCCUUUUAAGAUGACAUGUGUCACCUAUGUAUAUAUUUGAGGAAAAUGUCCUCUUCUGGGCUAAGCUUCACCUGGAGCUGGGGGUGUAACAACAGUUCUCCUCUUUCUUGAUUUUAACUCAGUAAAAAAAUCCAGGAAUUCAGUUUUUUACCAACCCAAUCUGCAAGGUGGUCAGGUUUGAUUUUAAAGAUACCUAUCUUUCCACCAUUGCACAUACCAGGGGCAUCCAAACAGAGUAGGGUAGAGACUGUGUUACAAGUGGGCAGACUAUUUUCUCUUGAUCACAUGUGUUUGAAGUAUGUCCUGGGUAUGACUGCCCAACCCUUUUUAUGUGGUAUUAGCCAGGUAGCUUUUACUUCUCUAGGUAGUCUAUAAAUGUUAUGAAAAAAAACCUGACUUUUAACAAAUACAAUGUUUGUCUCAUAUACACAUUCUAUGUAUUUAGCACUUGAAGAUCAACAAAUCCAAAAUUUUAAAGAAACACCACCGACUGUUAAAAGCCUAACUGCUUUUUGAGAAUUUGUCAAUGCCUACUGAUAUGCCUUAUUCUUCUACUAGUGUUUAAAAUGCUCUGAGUAGAAAGAGUUUUAGAAAUGUAAGCAGUCAUUCAGCUUCAGUAUUAUAGAUCUAGCAUAGUCUUCAGCCCUUAAGGAAACAAGGGGUGCGGGGGUCAUAAUUAGGAUAACCUUUUUGGAAGGUGACAACUAUUGCUAUUGCCAAAUGAUAUUUUUAAUAGUGUAAGGAAACACAGAGACCACAGCACCGUUUAUUGUUUUAAAUGUAGAAAAAUUCAUUUAGUUCCUUUUGGCAUCCUCCUAAUUGUAGAGAAUAUGUUAUCAGCAUUGAUGAGUCAUUUCCAUUCAAAGAAUUUAUGGAUAAAGACAGAUCCGCUUUUUAAGAGACCCUGGUUCCUCAGAGUAGUAUGUUGAAAUGCCACAGAUUGAAAUGCCAAAAACAUAAAACCUAUUUAUUGACUUGCAUAAUUGAGUCCAUUUUAGUGGAGCCUACUUGUUGACGCUGUGCUGCAGUGUUGCCUAUGUGCCUCUCCCACAAGUCCUGCUCUGGCACUAGGUGACUCUCUGCUCUCUCUAGGUCAGGUCAGAGCAGCUAAUACCUGUCCCAACUCCUGUGGGACAGGCUUGUUCACAGACUUUAGCCAGCCAACCUUUUAUUGGAUAUGAUUCUGAAAAGAGGAAGAGGGAAAUGCUUUUUCCUUAGUGAGGCAAUGAGGAGAGGGGAAGGUAGAUUGCAAAUCAGAAUAUUUGGUUUACUAAGGCAUAUCCCUGUGGCAGCUGGGCCAUCAUUGGAUAACAAACCAGCAUUUCUUAACAGUCAGCACUGUCCACCUGGAUGCCCCCUGAGGCUCAGUCAGGUCUGUCCCAUAGUCCCCCAUCCUCUGAAUUUCUGUGUGCCUGCUCCCUACAUCCCUGAGUCAGGAAUGUGUGGAGAGAUGACCUACAGCCCAUGUACUCCCAGGAAACAAACUGCCAGCAAACUUUCUAACUUGUAUUUUAACUGUACCAGAAGAGAUAUAAAUGUUUGCUUAGGGUCUGUCCACAUUAUGGACUGUGUUUCUUACUUUUACAAAUCAAUCCUUACAUUUAAGAUUUAAAAGAGAAAGGAAAGGCCUGAGGUAUUGGUCAAGUCCUCUGUGUAACUGUUUCUCUCUAUUUCUCUCUCUCCUUCCCUCCACCUCUUCCCCUCCCUCUCUCCCUCCCCACCUCUCCACCCCCUCUUCACCCUGUCUUCCCUAUCCUUCCAUGCUGCCAUUAACCAAAAUAAAAGCUGUGAAAAUAAAAGUUAAGAGAAUGUGUGUUGAUAAGAAACUGAUUUCUUUACAGAGCGAAGUCUUUGUCUUAUGAAGCUACCAGAUGUUAAAAAGAAUGUCACCUGUUUUUCAUUGUUUUGGAACCCCAGAGAUUAUAAGUGAGGAAAGAAAUGUUGAAUUUUUGAUGCCGGCAUGAGGUUUUUGUCCACUUCUGUUUUUCAUCUAUAUGUAUAAAAGUUCUGUUCAUUGUUUACUAUGGGAUUAGUAUUACAUUUUGAGGUAAACAAAGAAUUUGUAUUGCUUGAUAAACUAUUAGCUUGUAAAUUAAACAAUUUCUUUACCUCAAUUAACUUUAAUGGACCAAUAAAAGUAUAAAAUAUGCUUUCUUUA